GUGGCCGUGCUUGUGCGGUGUCGCAUCCCUCGUUGUGUUUUGAUUACGAUUCACGCUCGAAUACGAAAUCACCGGUCCUGGACGGGUUUUUGACCGCAGGUUCUUAGCGGAAUAGUUACGUGUUUCAACAUCUGAGAUGUCCCUGUUCCCGCAGCCUCGCUGGCUUCGCCGGUGGAUCCGUCGUCGGAUGAAUCCCCUGCCGGUGGACCGGGCCGCGCUGUGGAAGGGACGCAUUAGCCUGCUGUACAGCAUUUUGGCUUGGAAUGCCCUGGGGUGGGUCGGCUACAUGAUCUUCACCGGGCGCAACGAUUGGGCCAAGUACUACGGUUACAAGACGGAGGAGGAGGACAAGAUGCCGCAAGCCGUAAGAUUCGCCAAACAGCUUAAUUUGCCCAACGCCCACGUGAUGAAGUAUAGCGGGUUCAAGAAGACGGACGAAUAUGACCUGAAGGAUAAUGAGGUGGUCCGGAAGGGAGAUCAGUCGAAGGAAGUAUCAACAGAAGUUUCGGAAUAAACUUCUGGAAUUGCGGAGAAAGUUUUUUUUUUAUUUUGUAGAUAUUUUACAGCUGCCUACUUAGUAACUUGUUGAUAUAAAUACAUGAAAAUCAUCAAUUAA